AGCAUGUAACCAAGACCGAGUAAGUAUAUCAUACCGAGAAAUAACCUUUUAAAAAUAUUGUGCAUCAGACCCUUUCGUGUAUGCUGUUUUCCGUAUUUGAAAACAGGAUAUCAGUGGUGACACAUUUGAACGACAUGAACCACUUGUCCGAAUAUAAAGUCCAAGGUACAACUUUACUUACAGUUUGUAUCGUGAUGAUGUAUUUACUCGCAACAAUGAGUCCUGUCGGAUGGCCCCGAUACCAUAAGAACCUCGAUCAACCGUCCUUUCUGGUGAAGUCAAGUCCUGAAAUGUUACAUGUUCUAUACUACAACCAGCCUGAAUGGGUGAGUGGGAAGGAGUUCAACGGUUGUCAAUACCCAUGUAAAAUGAUCUCUGGAUCAACAAAUUUUUCCUCUGCAAAGUUUGUUAUUUUCCACGGACCACGAAUAGGUUUUGGAAAACCACCAAAGAAGUCAUCUGGUCAGAUUUGGAUUAUGCAUGGUAUGGAGUCCCCGUAUCAUUAUCAUGCUGACUUAUCAAAAUGGAGUAAUAUGUUUAAUUGGACAUUUACGUAUAGAAGAGAUUCCGACGUUUUAUCACUUUAUUCGGGUUUUCAACAUACUCCACUAGAUAUAACACCAUCUGUCCAGUGGAAAACAAAAGACAGAUCAUCAGCCUGGAUGGUCUCUAACUGUAGAACCCCAGGAAAACGAGAUCAAUACGUAAAACGUCUCCGGAAAUCUGCUGAUGUUCACGUGUACGGCAACUGUGGAACAUAUAGAUGUUCACACGCCAAAGAAAGUGGUUGUAUGGAAAUCCUUCGAAAGCAUUAUCGGUAUUAUUUGGCAUUUGAAAAUUCUUUGUGUGUAGAUUAUGUAACAGAAAAAGGGUUUAAAACAUACACUUUUUCUCCAUCAACAAUACCGGUGAUGAGAGGUGGAUCAAAUUAUUCCCUCUUCUUUCCACCCGGUUCAUACAUUGAUUCAAAAGACUUUGAAAGCGCCUUUACAUUAGGAAAAACUAUCAGUAUGAAUGCAAGUGUAAUGGAAAAUACGAAAAUUGAACAGUUUUUCUCAUGGACAAAAUCUCAUUCCAUAACCCCAAACACGAUGGACCACAAGAUUUGGUGCGAUUUAUGUGAACGUAUUCAUCAUGCUGAGAGCCACAAACGUUUAUAUUCAAAUAUCAAAAACUGGUUAAAUGACAAUCUAAGACCGGGAUGUAAAUCUCCAAGCGAUUUGAGGUUAAGGACUUCAAACCCAGAUACAGGAGGAGAUGCAGGCGGUAGGGCCGGUGUCCAAGAAUAUGGAGCAGCUGGCUAAGACCAUGGCGGGAUUCGUUCCGUACCCUAGAGUGGAUACGACUGUGACUAAGUAUUAACUCUUUUCUGAGAUGGAAGCGUUUUAUUACGUGUGAAGCCUAUACAUGUGGCACUGUAUUAAGCCAGGAGGUCUUACAGUGUUCUGGUUGCAGCUCUGUAGGCGAUAAAAUUGGCACAUGGUAUAAGCUGGAUGACGGAUCAAAAGGAGAACCGUUACAGUAAAGGUCUUAAUUAAAUACGACAUGAAUGUCCACCGCGCGUAAAGAAAGACCUGGUUACGUCUACCUUCAUUAUGGAGCUCUGUAAGAUUCACAAAGACAAUAACGAUUCUACGGUUAUUUGAGUCUCGGAUAUAAUUGUACUUAAAUUCACGGGAUUUUGAAGGUACCAUGUGUUGAGUGCGACGAGAAAAUGUGAAAUUUCCUUCCAUGAUACUCAUCACGUUCAUGAUCAGAAAACCGAUCAAUUUUAGUUAGGAAACGAGUUGGUGAUAACCAAAUGUGUAACGGAGGAAUGUGUAACGGAGACAUGUAUGUGGGAAAUCUACGUGAAAGUGUUAAAAUAUAAAAAAAAAAAAAAAAAAAA